AUGAUCGAUCGAAGAAACAAAAGAAGUCUUCAGAUAUUUUUACUUCUUAUCACUUUUCUCAUUUGUUCCGGAGCUUUCUUCUAUUUCUACAGCAAUCCAGAAGAUGAAGUUCCUGAUUAUUUUCCACCAGAAGUGAAACAAAGUCACAAAACUGAAAGAGAAAUUGCAUUGGAAAAAGUCAGACAACUGCAGCAAAAUGGAUUCGCAAAUGUUGCAUCGGAGACAUUCUACGACGAUCAAUCGAAAAAUGUGGUACCAGGAGAUGUAGACAACUCAGGGUUCGAGAACGCGGUGGCUCUUUUCCAGAAGCUGAAUUCCUCGAUUGUACAAGAGAGUCCUGUGAAUGAACAUGGAGAAAAGAUGACUGCAGAUUCAUUUUAUGAUGAGAAACUGAAACAAAAACAAGAGGAAGAUGGAGUCGGUGAUCACAACCCAGCAAACCAAAAGAUUUCACAAAACGUGGAUUUAGUGUCUACAAACAAUCAGCAAUCAGAACAAAAACCAGAGACUGGUCCAGUUGAGAAUAACAAGCAAGAAGAAAUUGGAACAAGUGAGAAAGAAAUUCCAGCGACUAUUGCAAAAAAUGAAACAAUAUCAUCAGAUGAUAUAAUUGGAAAAUCAGAAGCAGUUCAGUCGUGGAUCGAGACGAAACAAAAUCCCCGAAAAACACUUUCAGAAGUUGAAUCACCACUUCGCGUAGACGAAGCAGCUGAAAUGAGUCAGAGAAGAAAUCCGAAAUUCGAAGCAUUUGAUCCAGAAAUCGAAAGAUUACAAAACCGAGUCCAUCAAUUCAAAUUUGUACAGUAA